CCAUCGAUCUCUACAAAAUUCUUGGAUGUCAAAACGCACCUAACACAUAUGCUCAUCCAUCAGUGAUGCGUUUCUAACGGCUUUCAGUAUAUGUAGUUACUUCAUUCAAACUACUCCCUCAAUCACUGUGUAGCUCAUUUUAGUUCCAUCUCCAACAUGACGUGGAUUACACUAACACUGUUCCUAGCAAUAGCCUAUCUAAAGUUUGGACUAUCAUCACCAAUCACUCGCUGUGUCGUUACGGGUAAGGUGAUGAGAUGUCCCAAGGGUGGGGGCACCACCUACACUCACCUAAAGGGUGGAAUAUACCACGUCAAUAUGAUACACCUUAAAGGACCCAGGGAUCGGCUAGAGAUAAAUAGGACAUUGUUUCCGGAGCUGAAAGAAAUUCGAGGAAAAGGAGUCAACUGCACCGACAUAAAAGGAUCUGGUGCGCCCGGAGUGGUGCUGUUGGUAAAUGCAACACCUUGUAUGAAAAAUUGGUCAUCUAUUACAACACCUACUACAAGUACUAUAACUGCAAAUACAACUACUACUAGUACUACUACCAAUACAACCCUCAUACUACCCUCAACUCAUACUACAGUGCCCGCAAUGACUAUUACGACUCCAACCAGUGAUGAUGAUGAUGAUGAUGAUGAUGAUAGUCAUGAUGAUGAAGAUGCUUAUCACGGUCUUAUGACAGAUGUAGGGUCUUGGCAAGUCAUCUUGGUUUCACUGGCGGUGUCGAUAGUGCUCAUCAUGAUCGCGUUGGGUUUUGCUAUUUGUUUCAGGAGGGCAAUACUACGACGCUGUCAUCGAAUGUGCGAUAGACAUCGCCAGGAUUAAACCUCGUCUCAGUUUUCCGCCACCCCCCCCGCCCCCCUCUCUUCAAAUUCCUUCAAAUCAUGUAAUGUCCAUCAUGAAUCCCAUGGCUUAUAAACUUGCGACCUGAAUACCCCCUCCUCUCAGUAUCUCUGUCCCUUCACCUGGUACAACCCCGACCUCCCCUGUUCGUCUCGCAUCACAUCCCCCUCCCCACUCCUAGGAAACCACCAGUUCCUACCCCCAGGUCUGAUGCACAUGCUGCUGUAGAUCCCCGCCUCUCUCCACCCUGCCAUACCCUCGACACUUGCUAGUCAUCCCCCGCCCCCUAUCACUGACUCCUCACUCUCUUUCACCGAUUCUUCGACACUGUCCUCGUUAUCUCAACUCCGCAUUCCAUCCUUCCCAUCGAUGCUUGAUGCAACCCUCCCCACAACCACUUGUACCUCCCCGACAGGGCCCACCACUUCCACUGUCACCAUCACCUCGACAUCUGCAUCUCACCCUUAACCCGCUCCUGUCGACUGCUGGAAAAAACACGAUCCAUCUACAUUAAGGCUUUUGCUAAACACUCCUCCUGAUGAUGAUGAUGUUGAUGUACCCCCUACACUUAUGACCUCCCUUGGACCUCGACUGCUACGAAAGUCUCAUCGGGAAAGGAGGCCACCAAAAAGAAAUGAAUUCUCAAACCUUUCCCAUAAAACUGAUGAUAUUACAGAAACCUUGGCUACUGGAUUUGUUUUAUAUGAAGCGUAUGUAGUGUGAGAUGGGCCGUACUGUUGUUCUCGACUGUGUGACAGAGGGACUGUGAAACUGGGAAACUAGUUCUUGUUACAUUUCCGGUUGACCAACGAACACGCUAGUGGGGCGUAUUUCCUGAGAGGUCACCCAAGGACAGUUACAUAGAUUGUUUGGGUUUUUUUUCUCUUGUGUUUUUUAUCUCUUGUUUCUAUGCUUUGAGAUGUUUGCAUAUUGGUGACCAACACAUGAUUGGUCUCAAUGUACAGAAAAGGUUUCUUAACAUUAGACAAUUAACAUGAUUAUAUUUGGGAUAUCUGAUUACACCGGAAUUUGUUGAUUACAUUACAGUGUCUGAUUUCAUUGGUGAUUACACCGGAACACCGUCUGAAUAAAAUAUUGCAUUACA